UUGGCACUGAACAUGAAUUCUUCGUCAAGUUAUGUAUAAAUUCCGUUCUAAAUCAACCUUCAGCAGAAAAAAAAAAUGCAGUUGGAACACAAUGAAACUGACUUGAAAUUUCUUUGGCACGACAAAAAUCCAAAGUUUCAUACCAUCUAAAAAGUAAAAAAUUGUGUUAUCCUUUAGAUUGCUUGUAAAUUUGCUACUCGGUCGCGGUCGGUGCAUUAUUUUAAAUAGUCGUUGAUUCUUUCGUAUGAUUGAAUGGGCGUCUUCAACAAUAUCAAAAGUCUAAUGUUGUUAUCCAACAUCAUCGAAAUAUAUACAUGUAUAGAAGCUAAUAAACGCAUCUUUAAUCACCAAAUGGGUAUCAUAAAAUUUUCAUUUUUCUUCUUUGUCUUCCUCCAAUUCGUUCCAUAUUUGAUUGAAGGUGCUGGUGCAGAAAAAUGUCCAAUUUAUCAGUGGUGUACAAAGGACGAACCAACAGUUCGAUUUCCUUUCACACUAAAAGGUCGUGGCAGCGAGGCAUGUGGUUCCCCCGGUUAUGAACUUGCUUGCUAUGAAACAAAUAAAACAGUAAUAGAGCUUCCAUUUUCGGGUAAAUUUUUCGUCCGGAAUGUAUAUAGCUUUCUGCAGAAGAUAGAAAUUUAUGAUCCAGAUAACUGUCUUCCGAAACGUGUUUUGAAAUUGAAUCUUUUGGGUACACCGUAUCAGCUUGGUGAGUCUGGUGUUUCGUAUCAAACAUAUUCGUUCCUGAAUUGCUCUUCAUCGAUUGAAAGUCUCCUUGCAAUAACGAACAAGGUGACGCACAUCCGUUGCCUAAGUAGCUCCACUCACACCGUUAUCGCUACAAAUAUUCCUACUACAAAUAUUGCAACGCUCAAUACAAGUUGUGUCCGUAUUGCUGAUGUUCCGAUCCCGAAUUCAGCAAUUAAGAGAGAUGUUCCCGUUGAUUUAAAUGAAAAUUAUGUUCUGUCGUGGUCAUGGCUUGAAUUACCACCUUACCUUACGUAUCAAAAGAGAAGUAAUCGGAAGAAAAUUCUCCUUAGUACUCUUCUCAGCAUUUUUGUCGGAUUACCACUUCUAAUAAUCUUCCUAUGUUGCUUCGGACCGAAAAUAGUCAAAUGCUUUCGAGGGAGAUAGACGUGCGGCCUAUGGGUAAGCUGACAUGCAUGUCCCGUUUGCUGAAUGUCACCACUUCGUUCACUGCUCCAUAAACAUAUAUCUUUGUAUUGUUUCUACAUUAGACAUCUUUGUUUCCAUUAUAUGGAGUGUACUAGCAAUCUGAACGUACAGACGCCCUGUACAUAAUAUUUAAGGCACUGUUUUUUCUGUUGUAAAUGUCCUCAUAAAUAAUAAAAUUGGAUUAUUGGGUGA